CUCCAAAUUCCAAACCCCGAGAUUCUUCCCCCGCCGAUUUCUCCCAUCUCUCUUGGAUCCAUCCAUUCAUUUCCAUGUGAUCCUCAAUCACUUCCAUUACUACUACUCCUUUUCCUCUCCCACUUCUCUGAUAUUUUCUCCGCAAACUUCCAAUUACGUCUUCCUUUUCUCUUCGUCCUCAUUACCUUUUUCGUCUUUGUUUCCCAUUCAAUCCCUCUCCACCUUCACUUUCAUCACACUCCUCAAAAAUAUCUUCCACCCUUCUUAUUACUGGACCCGAUUCUUGCUUUCUCUGGAAUUCUUCUGUUCGGAACUUUUGAAGGAAAAGCCGUUGAAGCAGUUGAUUUUGUUUUGGAUUCUGAGUAUGUCGAGUGGGAAUUCUAAUGGUGCUACUGUGGUUUCCACUGGUUCUACGAAAAUUCCUGCAGUUGCGCAUCCCUUAGCGGAAGAACCGGAUGAGAUUGCGUCUAAUAUCAAAUAUCAUGCUGCUUACAGUCCUCAUUUCUCUCUCUUCAAGUUCGAGCCUGAGCAAGCGUAUUAUUCGACUGCUGAUAGCGUUCGCGAUCGGCUUAUACAACAAUGGAAUGAGACCUACUUGCAUUAUCACAAAGCUGAUCCCAAACAAACCUACUACUUAUCAAUGGAGUAUCUUCAGGGCCGAGCUUUGACCAAUGCAAUAGGAAACUUGAAUACUCAGGAUGCUUAUGCUGAUGCUUUGAAUAAAUUAGGACAUGAUCUUGAAGAACUGGUUGAGCAGGAGAAAGAUGCUGCCCUUGGAAAUGGUGGACUUGGAAGGCUUGCUUCAUGUUUUCUGGAUUCAAUGGCAACACUAAAUUUGCCUGCAUGGGGUUAUGGUUUAAGGUACAGAUAUGGGCUUUUCAAGCAGCGGAUCACAAAAGAUGGCCAGGAGGAAAUAGCUGAGGAUUGGCUUGAGAAGUUUAGCCCUUGGGAAGUUGUCAGACAUGACAUUGUUUUCCCAGUCAGAUUCUUUGGUCAUGUGGAGGUCAAGCCUGAUGGAUCCCGAAGAUGGAUUGGAGGAGAGGUUGUACAAGCUUUAGCCUACGAUGUACCAAUUCCAGGAUACAAAACCAAGAAUACCAUUAGUCUUCGCUUGUGGGAAGCAAAAGCACGUGCUGAUGAUUUUGACCUUUUCCAAUUCAACGAUGGACAAUAUGAAUCUGCUGCUCAGCUUCAUUCUAGAGCUCAACAGAUAUGUGCCGUUCUAUAUCCUGGAGAUGCUACAGAGAAUGGAAAACUCUUGAGACUAAAACAACAGUUUUUCCUUUGUAGUGCGUCACUUCAGGACAUAAUUUCAAGAUUUAAGGAGAGAAAGCAAGGGAAAGAUUCACGGGAGUGGACUGAGUUUCCAAGCAGAGUUGCAGUGCAAUUAAAUGAUACUCAUCCAACCCUUGCAAUUCCUGAACUGAUGCGAUUACUGAUGGAUGAAGAAGGUCUUGGAUGGGAUGAAGCAUGGGAUAUAACUACAAGGACUAUUGCUUAUACCAACCACACUGUUCUUCCUGAAGCACUUGAGAAGUGGUCACAACAUGUGAUGUGGAAGCUUCUUCCGCGCCAUAUGGAAAUCAUUGAAGAAAUUGACAAGAGGUUUGUGGCGAUGAUCCAUGCUGCUCAAAAUAAUCUUGAGCAUAAGAUAGACAGUUUGCGCAUCUUGGAUAAUAACCCUCAGAAGCCAGUGGUUCGGAUGGCUAACUUGUGUGUUGUAUCUGCACAUUCGGUAAAUGGUGUUGCUCAGUUGCACACCGAUAUCUUAAAGGCAGAGUUAUUUGCAGAUUAUGUAACAAUAUGGCCAACAAAAUUUCAAAACAAGACAAAUGGCAUUACUCCACGUCGAUGGCUCCGAUUUUGCAACCCUGACCUAAGUACCAUAAUAACCAAAUGGUUGAAAACAGAAGAGUGGGUGACAAACCUUGACCUGCUUGCAGGUCUCCGAAAAAUUGCAGACAAUGCAGAUCUUCAAGCUGAAUGGGCAUCUGCCAAGAUGGCUAGCAAGGUGCGGUUGGCACAGUAUAUCGAGCAAAUGACUGGCAUUAGCAUUGACUCGAAUACUUUAUUUGACAUACAAGUUAAGCGCAUACACGAAUAUAAAAGGCAACUGCUGAAUAUCUUGGGUGCAAUUUAUCGAUACAAGAAGUUAAAGGAAAUGAGUCCCGAAGACCGGAAGAAAACUACUCCAAGGACUAUUAUGAUUGGAGGAAAAGCAUUUGCUACAUAUACAAAUGCUAAGCGAAUAGUCAAGCUGGUAAAUGAUGUUGGUGCAGUUGUCAACACUGAUCCUGAGGUCAAUAGCUACUUGAAGGUUGUAUUUGUUCCAAAUUACAAUGUGUCUGUGGCAGAGAAGCUUAUCCCAGGAAGUGAGUUAUCACAGCAUAUCAGCACCGCUGGCAUGGAAGCGAGUGGUACUAGCAACAUGAAGUUUGCUCUCAAUGGCUGCCUCAUAAUAGGAACAUUGGAUGGGGCCAACGUAGAAAUCAGAGAGGAAAUUGGAGAGGAGAACUUUUUCCUAUUUGGUGCAACUGCGGAUGAUGUCCCAAGGCUCCGGAAAGAGAGAGAACGUGGACUGUUUAAGCCGGAUCCUCGAUUUGAAGAGGCCAAACAGUUCAUUAGGAGUGGUGCAUUUGGAAACUAUGACUAUGGCCCUCUCUUAGAUUCCCUUGAGGGAAACUCAGGCUAUGGCCGAGGUGAUUACUUUCUUGUUGGUCAUGACUUCUCGACCUACAUGGAUGCACAGGCAAGAGUAGAUGAAGCUUACAAGGACCGAAAGUUGUGGCUGAAGAUGUCAAUAUUGAGCACAGCUGGGAGUGGAAAAUUCAGCAGUGACCGAACAAUUGCCCAGUAUGCCAAAGAAAUAUGGAAUAUACAGGAGUGCCGUGUACCAUAAUUUCAACAUUCUAGGUCCACCUUGUCUUAAAUUAAAAGGAAAUAAGAAUCUGUAUGACGCUAGGUAAUCUCAGUUAUCUCUCUGCUUUAAUUCUCUUCUUCAUGCUGGUAUCAGUAACACUAGCGGUUUACAGUAUAGAACUUUUCAUGUAAUAUCGUAUUGUGAUAUAUAAUGCUAUUUGCUUUAAUUAAUAAAACUUCAGUCUGUUAGUAAA